AUGCAGCAAGAUGAAUGUGGAACAGGAAACAUUAUAAACAAAGGUCCCAAGCUUUUGGUUAGAAGUUUUGGCUGAGUAUUUGUUUUAUGUGAAUGGCUGAGGUUUGUAACUUAAUGCCUCCUACAUAGUUUGCUGCUGGCAACAAGGAGUUCCAAGUCUUCUUUAUGAUGAGCUGUUGGUUUUCCUGUUCUGCUAAAACCAGACAAACAACAGAUUGGAACAAAUAUGAUGACCGACUAAUGAAAGCAGCUGAAAGGGGAGAUGUAGAAAAAGUGUCCUCUAUCCUUGCUAAAAAGGGAAUUAAUCCUGGUAAACUAGAUGUGGAAGGCAGAUCUGUAUUCCAUGUUGUUGCAUCAAAGGGAAAUUUGGAGUGUUUGAAUGCCAUUCUUGUACAUGGAGUUGACAUUACUGCCAGUGAUGCUGCAGGGAGAAAUGCCCUUCAUCUUGCUGCAAAAUAUGGACAUGCUUUGUGCUUGCAAAAGCUUUUACAGUAUAACUGCCCCACUGAACAUGCAGACCUGCAAGGUAGAACUGCACUUCAUGAUGCAGCAAUGGCAGAUUGUACUUCUAGCAUACAGCUACUUUGUGACCAUGGAGCCUCAGUAAAUGCCAGAGACGUGGAUGGGCGGACACCACUGAUACUGGCCACUCAGAUGUGCAGACCAGCAAUAUGCCAACUUCUUAUUGAUAGAGGUGCAGAUGUUAAUGUCAGAGACAAACAAAACAGGACUGCACUUAUGUUAGGUUGUGAGUAUGGUUGUAAGGAUGCUGUGGAAGUUUUAAUUAAAAAUGGUGCAGAUGUCAGCUUGUUGGAUGCCCUUGGUCAUGAUAGUUCUUACUAUGCAAGAAUUGGUGAUAAUCUGGACAUUCUAACCUUAAUGAAGACUGCAGUUGAAAAUGCAAACAAAGGGAGAGAAUCUUCAAAGAAAGGACCAUCUUUCCAGCCGGUAUCUUAUGUUCCAUCGAAGCGAAAUCUGUUGCCUAUGCAAGAUGAAGUAAAUAUAAAAUCAUAUCAGAGGGAGCAGAAAAAUGUUCAGGUAAUGCUCCAGGAGACGGGCACACUCAAAGAAAUGGAUCUAGAGGCUGAAAAUGAAGAUUUGAAAGAAAAGUUGAGAAAUAUUCAACAAGAACAAAGAAUAUUGUUAGAUAAAGUCAAUGGAUUGCAACUACAGCUAAAUGAGGAAGUAAUGGUUGCUGAUGACCUUGAAAAUGAGAAAGAAAAACUGAGAUCCCUUUUAACAGCCAAGGAAAAACAGCAUGAAGAAAGCUUAAGGACUAUUGAAGCUCUGAAAAAUAGAUUUAAAUAUUAUGAGAGCGACUAUGGAGGAAACUUCAAUAAUCGAAAAGAAGAUAUGCUUCAUAAGCAGAAUCAAAUUUUUGUUACAGAAUCACAGUAUACAUCUUCAGGUAUUCCAGUGCCAGCCCACAUACAAACAAGAUCCAUGCUAAGACCAUUGGAACUGUCCUUAUCCAGUCAAACUGCCGUUUCUGAAAAUGAGAUUUUAAAGAAAGAGUUAGAUGCCAUGAGAGCCUUUUGUGAUUCAGCUAAACAGGAGAAGAUUAAGCUCCAAAAUGAACUGGCCCAUAAAGUGGCAGAAUGCAAGGCUUUGGCAUUAGAAUGUGAAAGAGUCAAGGAAGAUUCUGAUGAACAGAUAAAGCAAUUGGAAGAUGCUUUAAAAGAUGUGCAAAAGAGAAUGUAUGAUUCAGAAGGUAAAGUAAAGCAAAUGCAGACUCAUUUUCUUGCUCUGAAGGAACAUUUGACAAAUGAAGCAGCUUCAGGAAGUAACAGAUUAACAGAAGAACUAAGGGAGCAGUUGAAAGAAAUGAAAGCAAAAUAUGAGGGAGCUUCUGCUGAAGUAGGAAGGCUGAAGAACCAAAUCAAACAAAAUGAAAUGUUAGUAGAGGAAUUUAAAAAGGGUGAAGGGAGACUUGUAGAAGAAAAUAAGCGGUUGCAGAAAGAAUUUAGCAUGUCUGAAAUAGAGCGAGAGAAGAGAGGAAGAAAAGCCAUGGAGAUGGAAGGCCAGCUAAAAGAAUUAGCAACAAAGUUGGCCCUCUCCAUCCCUACAGAAAAAUUUGAAAACAUGAAGAGCUUAUUAUCAAAUGAAGUGAAUGAGAAAGCAAAAAAGUUUGUAGAGAUGGAAAGAGAAUAUGAAAAAUCACAGGCUGAACUUAGACAGUUAAAGAGAGAACUUGAGAAUUAUAAAGCUAAGCUUUCUCAACACGUAAGGCCAGAAGAACAUGAACAACUUAAGGACAGAUUUGAACAAAAGUCAGGUGAAUUUGGAAAGAAGAUCACUGAGUUAACUUUGAGGAAUCAGACAUUGCAGAAAGAACUUGAGAAGGUUUGUGCAGAUAAUAAGCUACUAAGUCAACAGUCGCAGAACUUAACAAUUGAGAUGAAAACUCAUUAUAUUCCUUUAAAAUUGAAUGAAGAAAUGAAAAAAUCACAUGCUUUGACAGUUGAUGAUUUGAACAAAAAACUAAUGGAUGUGACACAAAAGUGUAAAGAAAGAGAAAUGGAAACUGAGAAGCUGAUGGUGGAAAAAAACAAUUUAAGUAAGAAUGUCAGUCAUCUUGAAGCUACAUAUAUCCCUCUAGAAAAUCAUGAAAAAGAGAUAAUGGCUCUAAAAUCCAAUAUCAUUGAACUCAAAAAAGAACUUUUAGAACUUAAUAAAAAAUGUGGUGAUGGAAAAGAAAAAUUGCAUGUAAUCACAUCUGAGAAUGCAAAACUGAAAAAGGCCAUAAGUGAACAGUAUGUGCCUGUUACGACCCAUGAAGAAAUUAAAGCAGCAUUAAGUAGCACAUUGGAUAAAACUAACAGAGAAUUGACAGAUGUGAAAAGAAAACUUGAACAUAUAAAACAAGAAUUUAUACAAAUAAAAGAUGAGAAUGGAGCAUUAAAAAAAAUAUUAGAGGAUUCUAAGAACCAAAUGAAAGCUGAGUUUAUCAGUAUAAAAGAGCAUGAAGAUAAAAUGAAUGCUGUUAACAAAAGUCUAAAAGAAGCACAGGAAAAUAAUGCUGAAGUACUUGCAAAGUAUAAUAAGGGUCAGGAAGAGAUUUUAGCAUUGCUUGUUGAGAUUGAAGCCCAGAAGAAGGAACUUGACACAAUACAAGAAUGCAUUAAGCUAAAGUAUGCUCCAAUCGUUAGUUUUGAAGAGCGAGAGAAAACCUUUAAGUCCACUGUGAAGGAACUCAAAGAUCAAUUGCAAACACAGACACAAAGAUGCAAUGUAGGGGAAGAGGAGGCUCGGAAAUGUCAGCAAGAAAAUGAAAAGUUAAAGGAUGAAAUCCUCAUGAUCCAGAAAGAUUUAAAGAAUAAGAAUAUUCUCAUCAAGAAUUCCCGUGAAUUGGAAAAAACAUUAAACCAAAAAACGGAAGAGCUUAACAGACAGCUAAAGGAUUUGUCUGAGAAGUACGCAGAGGUAAAAAGUGAGAAAGAGAAACUUCUGGAAGAAAAUGCCAAACAGACCUCUGAGGUACUUGCAGUAAAAGCAAUUUUGCAGAAACAACAUGUUCCCUUGGGGCAGGUUGAAGAGCUGAAAAACUCUCUAAAUGGCACAAUUGAGUCUCUGAAAGAAGAGCUCAAGGACAAGCAGAGGCACCAUGAGGAAGCUCAGCGGGCAGCAGCUGAAUGGCAACAGGUGUUAGAGAAUCAAAAGCACUCUUCUGUGUCCCUCGUGGAACAUGUGCAGAUAAAGGAAGCGCUAGAGAAAGAAGUUGGGUGCAUGAAAGCUAGAUUGAGUGAAAAAGAAGAAGAAAGUCAAGACAAAACAGAAAAGAUCUCUGAACUCCAGAAUGAGAUUCAGAAUUUGAAGCAAGAAUUUAAGAAAUUAGAAUCUAGAGAGGUUAUUGAUUUAUUAGAAUAUAACACAGUGAAGAAUGCCUUAGAAGCACAAAUUACCAAUAUAACAGAAAAUAUGACCACCCUGAAUAAAAAGUAUGAGGAAGUUUGUGAAGAGGCUGCACGUGCCAAAAAGGCAGAACUUUCUGCAAGGGAUGAAAAGGAAUUGAUACAGUUGAGGAGCUUAAGUGUUGAACAAGAAAUUAAGGACCAGAAAGAGAGAUGUGACAAAUCCUUAACAACAAUUACUGAUUUACAAAGAAGAAUGCAAGAAUCUGCCAAACAAAUAGAAGCAAAAGACAAUAAGAUAACAGAACUGCUUAAUGAUGUGGAACGACUAAAACAGGCCCUUAAUGGUCUCUCACAACUUACCUACACAAGUGGGAAUUCUACAAAGAAAGAGAACCAACAGGUAGAAACACUUCAGCACCAGGUGAAAUCUCUGCAACAGCAGUUGGCUGAUGCUGACAGACAGCAUCAAGAAGUGAUUGCAAUAUAUAGGACGCAUCUUCUUAGUGCCGCACAGGGUCACAUGGAUGAAGAUGUUCAAGCUGCCUUACUCCAGAUCAUCCGCAUGCGGCAGGGGCUUGUUUGCUAGAGUACUUAGUUGUGAUGGGGUAAACAACUGCUUUACCUGACUGGAGCUUGUGACCGUGUUUGUAUUAACCUCCAGUGCCUUCCUUUCCCUUCUUGCUAUGGAUCUUGCUGUAUUAGCAUAACUGAAAUUAAAUGUACUUUUUUUUCUAGUAGGAAAAAAUGAAAUGAGAAAGAUAAGUCUGUUACUAUUACAGUAUCAUCAAUUUAUGUUAUAUUCCAAAUGUAUUUAUUGUGUAUUUUGAGGAAAUUUGGAAUAUUUAAAGUUAUUACAAAUUUUACAGUCAAAAUAAUGACACAGUUGAUUGCUACUACUGAUGUCAUAGUGACUACUUUAAAAAAAAUCUUUGGUGCCCAUUAUAAAACACGAAUUCAGUUAUAAACAAGUCCAUAUAAGAUUUUUUUUUUUUUUUGCUAAAACAGGUUGUUUAAAGAGUUCUUUUAGACUAUUCAAGUUGGUAGCUACUUUUAAGUGAAUCAAAACACCUCCUUCUGGUCUUUAGUAGAGCAGUGUCAAAUAAGAUGUCAUGUAGUGUCCAGCAAUGUAUUGUAACUUGGCUGGCCAAGUUGCAUUUCUAUUUAAGUAACUUAAAUUUAAGUGCCUUUUCUUUUACUGGAGGUACAGAUUUUCUCCUCAUACACUAAUAAAUUUUAUGCUUUUUUUUUUUACAGAGAUAUUUUUUCAUUAAUGCUUUGUAACUGAUUAUGUUUAGAUUAAGAAUAGCUGGGCUGGAUUUUAUCAGGAGUUUCAAAAUGAUCUGUUAAUUUCCAGUACAGUAUCUCAAUUUUUACUUAAAAUAGUGAUUUUUCAGGCUCUGGUGAUUAAAUAACUCUUUGCUAAAUUAUAUGCUAGAUUCCUUAAAGUGUCAGAUCUUUAGCAACAACUUUAAAACUUUGCCACUAUAAUAACUAUAAUAGAUAUUAAGUGUGUCUUGCAACUGUUUCAAGUUUAUUUAUAGGAAAGUUGCACCCAGAGGUGAUUAUAUUUUGACAUCUACCUUUCUUGCAAAUUGAGCAUUGACUUAUUAAUUAAAACUUGCCUUUGUGAUUUUAAUGGAAAAUACAAAUGUUAAAGGUGAAAAUUGCAAGAAUUCUCUAUCAAAAAAGUUUGAUAAGCUCAUAGUAAACAGUCUAGUAGAACCAAGUAUUUAAUACAUCUCACUAUAAGUUUAUUAUUUUAUUAAUAUUAUUUACUCUUCAAAUUGGGGGGGGGUUCCCUGUUUAUACCAGACAAGGCCAAAAAAAUACCUAUUUCAAGGCAAGUUUUCUUGCAUUAAAGAGAAUGUGACUUUCCCUAGAGGGUUAGUGCUUCCUGAGGCAGAUUAUGGGUCUAGCUGUCUGACAAAGCUCAGGGCAAACUGCCAUCAAAAUGGAAACUAUCAAAAUGGAAACUGCCGCCUAGAGAAAACUGGCCUCAUUUGCUAAAUGGAGAGCUACAGCAGGAAUAGGAAUUUCUAAACUGUAUUUUUCAAAAACUCAUUAAUGUAGAGUGUUAAAUUUUGCAUAAGGAAUAUUUAACUCUUUUAUUAGCAUGAUUAAAUGCUGCUCUUCUGUUCUAACAUCUAAGUGGAAUCCCUUAGAAUACAGAUUGUAAGGGUGCACGAGUUAAAUUUAAGUUUUAAUUUGCCUUUUGUAAUUUUGUUGAAACUCUUACUAGAGAGAAGUUGUUAAACUGAAACUGACAUUUCAAAAUUGUAUUUUCCUAAUUUUUGGGAAACUAUGUAUAUUUUAUUUCUCCUGUAUCCAUCAAUAAAAUGCUGCUUUCAAUGAA